AUGUCGUCGGCGGUCACCGCGGCUGCGACGAUCGCAUCGCGCGCCGGACGGCUGCGACGAUUGAGGUCGACCCACGCAUCCGCCUCAUCCUCCUCCGACGACGUUCGAGUCAGCCGGCGCGGGAUCGCGCUCGGGUGCCCACUCGCGGUCCUCGCGGGCGUCGGGACGAACGAGGCUCGCGCGGUGGACUACUUCACCACGCCGCCCAACACCCUCGAGUUCGAGAACGUCGCGUUUCCCAGGUACCCCGGCUUCGUCACCCUCCCCUCGGGGGUGCAGGUGAGGGACCUGUGCGUGGGGAGCGGCCCGGCGGCGGCGACGACCCGCUCGCUGGACGUCAUCGUGAAGAUGUGGACGGUGCACCAGGGCAGGUACGCGGGGGAAGCCCGCGUGGUGUUCGUCCCGGGAGACGAAACCGUGAUCCGCGGGUUGGAGCAGGCGGUGCUCGCGGGCGGGAACAUGCGCGUCGGGGGCACGAGGCGCGCGCUGAUACCCCCCAAGGCUUCGGUGUCGUGGCCUUACGUCCAGUCUGGUGAAACCGACGCGGACGAAGACGCGACCGGGGCGAGGACGAGAUUCGGCAUGGCGCCGGCGUACGACCCGGCGCUGGGGGUUCAAACGCCGCUGACGUCGGGGGUGGGACCGGUGCCGAAGCGGGAAGGAGGACCGCGCGCCGCGGACGGGGACGGGGAUGAAAAGUCGGCACCCGGGGACGGGGACGGGGACGGGGACGGCGCGUGGCUGGACUACGUGCUGCGACGCAACGCGUUCACGAUCAAACCCUCCGAUCGAAGCGUGCUGGUCGACGUCACCCUCGUCGCCGUCGGCGGCGAGUCGGGCGGGCGCGGCGUGGUGCCGAGGGUGCCGACGAGGGAGGACCGCGCGGCACUGGGCGAGGCGAACGAUCGGAGCGGGGACGGCGGCGCGUCGUGGUGGACCGCCGCGCUGCCGGGAGCGUCGGAGUACUGCCCGGGGUAG